AUGACGGAGGAUGCCGACCGCGCUCCUGCUCCCGCCAUGAGCAUCGUCGAGCUCACCACCGACACUGUCCCCAACGUUCUCGAUGCCGUUCUCAAGAAAACGCAGGACAACUCGUGGACCACUUUUGCGCCAGAUGAACUCUCUGUGCUUCUGUCUGCGUUUUCACCGUCUCAGCCCGUAGCGGUCCACUCAAAGGCAUACAUCGUCCUCUCUGCUUACUGUCAACGACGUCGCGCCGAGGCUUCUACCCCGCAGGAAGGAGCCCAGUCGAUUUACAAGACCUUCGAGACACCGGUCACAUCCCGCAUUGCAGACACGGAGGAGCGCGAAGUUGUCGCGGGACUCACGUUUCUCGCUGCUCUCUUCGACGUCGAUCACCUCUCUGCGUCCAAUAUCUUUCAGCGCGAUGGGGUUCUCGAGUCAAUCAUGGAUACCCUCGAUCUCUUCCAAGCUUCGCAUGAUGUAGAUCUCGCGGUCGCACACCUGCUUGGCCGCGCUGCCGGACACAAGGCGUGCCGAGCACUCCUGGGCGCGGACCACCAGAAGUGGCUCGAGUGGAAGUCGCGUCAGACGGAAGAUUCGGAACUACGUGCAGCAGCCGCGGUCGCGAUGGUCAAGCUCGCGCGGGGCUCUAGCGUGGACUCCGCGGAAUCUGGAGGCUCGACGGAGCAGCCAAUGGAGGACGCGGAAUUGGCGGCGCUGAUGAAGGGUCUCGUUGUGGACAGUCCCCGUACGUCCUCUGUGGCUGACGCGGUCGAAGGCCUUGCGUAUAUGAGCACCACUCCGUCCGUCAAGGAAAUGCUUUCGAAAGACACCACCUUCUUGACGAAGCUCUUUGCACUCGUUCCGCGUCGGAAAGGUGCUCCCGCGCCGUCUAUGGAGGAUUUGGCAGGUUCUCCAUUAUAUGGUACUGUCGUCGUCAUCGCGAAUCUAUGCGCGUACCGUCCCCGUCUGUCCGCUGAGGAGGCUCAGAUUGCCAAGCUCAGGCGCAUGGCGAAGACACCCAAAACUGCGGGUCAGAGUGCACCGAAGGACUCGUUGGAUGACCCUAUGGAUGACGAUGAACGGGUCCGAGAGCGGGGGCGUAGGAUCCUCGAGGCAGGAGUUAUGGAGGCUCUGACGUCUGCUGUGCGCGCCACUGACAGCCGCGCCGUGCGAUCGGUCGUUGGCAAGGCUAUCCUCAGCCUGGUGGAGGAGAAGGAGAAUCGCGGAAAGGUGUUACAAGCUGGCGGCGCGAAGGCCCUCGUCACGAUCAUCCAAGGCAUCCUCACACCUCUCAAGUCCUCCGGCACGACCAAAACGCUCCAGCUCGAAGCUGCAGAUUUCGAGCCCAUGCAGGCGUUGGCGAAACUCGCUAUCACGGCCUCGCCCGUCCAAGUCUUCGGUCCGAACGAAGGCGCGAUCUACGAUGCAAUUCGUCCCUUCUCCCUCAUGCUCACACACCCGAACGCAAGUCUGCUACAGCGCUUCGAAGCCAUGAUGGCUCUCACGAACCUCUCUUCCCAAAGCCCCGAAACUGCUUCUCGCAUCGCGCGCGCGGACGACUUGAUGAAUAAAGUCGAACUGCUCAUGCUGGAGGAUCACACCCUGAUCCGGCGCGCAGCGACUGAGCUCGUGUGCAAUCUGGUUGCGGGGUGCGAGGAGGUCUUCGACAAAUGGGGAGGGGACAAGAAAUCUGGGUCGAAGUCGAAGCUGCAGGUGCUCGUGGCGCUAUGCGACGUCGACGAUAUUCCGACACGCCAGGCGGCAUCGGGCGCGCUCGCGACCCUCACCGCCUCUCCAGACGCUUGCGGAUCGCUCGUAGAGCUACAAGCAGAGCGGCACCGCGUGCUGCCUAUCCUAGGUCAGCUCAUCGACCCUGCUGUCGUGGCACGACCUCCUGGAGAUGUCGAGGAUGAAGGCGAGGACGAUGAACUUCAGACGGACCCUGGCUUGGUCCACCGCGGCAUCGUCUGCGUGCGGAACCUGCUCUACGGCAUCGAGAAUCAGGCAGCGCAAAUGGAGAUUGCAUCUGAGGCGAACCGGGUCGGUCUCGUGCGCGCGCUGGUGUUGGCAGUGAAGGGCUGCGCACAAAACCCAAGCUCGCCCAUUCUGCGCCCUGCGGCGGAAGCAUUGAAGUGGUUGUUGGAACACGGCGUGGAAGUUACGGUGUAAGAAAGGCGGGACAUGGAAGUCUGUAGUGCUGUACCAAUAGAAAACAUGCAGUUUGGAACUAAGUAUACGAUGAGUACUUACC